AUGCACAAACGAGGCAUAGUUAAAAUCAUUGAACAUUUCGAACUUGGAGGAUCUGUUUAUAUAGUUAUGGAAUAUUGCAAAGAUGGGAGUUUGCGAGAGUAUGUAAAGAAAAAUGGGCCAAUGGGAGUUCUUUUAGCAACUGAUAUUCUUAUACAAUUAUGCGAUGCAUUAAAAUUAAUUCAUGAUGAGGAUAUUGCACAUAGAGACUUGACACCAAAUAAUGUUUUAAUUUGGGAAAUUAAAAGAGGAAGAGAUGACGAUGUUAAACGAAUUCGUGUGAAAGUUACAGAUUUUGGAUUAUCUAAAGAAACACCAAAUAACAAACAAGGACUUUUUAAGACAACACUUGGAACUAUUCCGUUUAUGGCUCCUGAAGUUCUUGCUGGGAAAUACACAAAAGCUGCAGAUGUUUUUGCACUUGGCUCAAUAUUUUAUUUUCUUUUAUCAGGAAGUUAUUUGACUGAUAGAUCCAAUUCUGAUAAACGUCCGAAACUUUCAACUACUUUGGAUGGUGUUAUAAAAAGGAAUUCGAUAGCGAAAUUCGAUUCAAAUAUUAAGAAUAAUUUGAGAUCAUUUUUGCAUGCAAUGCUUUGCGACGAAAAAACUAGAAUUCGUUUAGACGAAAUUAGAGAUCAUAAAUUUAUGGAAUGGUUUUAUGAUGAACGUUAUGAAAUUGAUCCAGAAUUAAGAGAAUUUUGUUCACACUCACAAAAUGGGCAUUUGAGAAGUAGAAGUCAAAGUAGAGAGUCUGAAAGAAAACCGUUACAGCAACUUAACAGACAAGAUGUACAAAAAAGAUCAAACAGAGAUUCAGCAUUUGGAAGUGACCAAAGUAAUAGUGGAAGUGGUCGUUGCCGUCAUCCACAAACCGAUCAAAAUGGCCGUUGCUUAACAUGCUCCUUUAAGUUGAGAAAUAUUUUUCCUGGCGAUUCCAAUAAUAACAUCAGAAAUAUACAAUCGAAUCCGACACGUCCGCAAUAUGCCAGUACAUCAAAAGAUAAACGAUACGAACCAGAUCUUCCAGCUACUAGUUCACAAAACAAUGAAGCAUCAAUUUAUGAUUUAAAACAGGCACCAUGGCCACUACCAAAAAUCACUUAUACUUACACAGCCGUACAUCAAUCAGGAAGAUGCAUUUUUUAUAACUAUUCACAUGCAAGAGAACGUUUACCAUUAGUUGCUGUACUAGAAAAAUCAUCGCCUAAAGAUAAUCAAACAAUUUGCAAAAUUUUUGAAUUAAGACAAAAUGAUAAGGAACAAGAAGUAAAGGGCAUUUUAUAUGAUUUAAUAACUCAAUUUAUAACUUUAACUCAGUUACGAAUAUUACAACCACAAGGGAAAAAUGUAAGAAAACCUGAACGUAAUGGAGAAAGAAUUACAGAUGCACGAGAAUUGGUUCGUCUUAAAAGUUUUGCUGAAUUUCGAGAUUGUAAAAUGGCAAAAGAUGGAUAUGAAACACUGUGGGGGUUUUUAAAAAUGGCUGCAAGUAGAAUUGUUCAGGGAUAUUGCGAAGAAAUCAUAGGUCACCGCAAAUAUAGGAUAGAACUUUAUUUGAAUGGAUGGGCCAGCCUCUUUAUAGGGCCUGGAGGUGCUAAAGAUAUUAAUGAUUUGAAACUUUCUGGAAAGCAAAAAACACAUAAUGGACAAUUUGAAAAGGUUCAAACUGGAGCUACUUUAACUGAAAAAGAACAAUUGCCAGCCAUCGAAUUGGCGAAGGCAUUAAGAACUCAUGUAAAGGAAUCGGUUUGGAAAAAAUUCAACAGAAGAAAUAUUAGAUGCACAAUUUACACACACGGGUUUGGGUGA